GGGGGCGGGCUGUCGGGAGGGGCUCGCCUGUGGCCGUGGGCUUUUCGUGAGCGGCCUGGCUUUUCUGUCAGCCAGGGCCCCCUCGGGUGACCCGUGAGGCCUGAGAGGGGUUGUGCUCCCCUACGAGGUGGGCCCUGUGCCCGCCGCGGGUGCCAGGCUUUCACUGGGGUGCACCUGCGAGCGGGUUUUGUGGGUCCUGCCGCUGUCUUUGCGCUCCCGAGAUGCCGCGGUUGAGGUCGGGGAAAGUGGUAUCGGCCAGCGAGGUGGGGCCGUUUGGCUCGGAGGGCGCCGGCCCCGGCUGCCAGGGUGCGGGGUGUGAGCCAGGGAGAAAGCUCGUAACGAAGCGGAGUCCUCGCCUGGCGCGGAAGAGAAAACCAGAGCAGCCCUUACCUACCUGCGCGCAAGCUGCCAGGCUCGCCAGCGCUUCUUUUGGGCAGUUUGCUCCUCUUUUGCCCGUGCAGGAGGAGCAAGGUGAGAACGGCCGGGAAUUCCCAGGUAGAAAAAACAGGAGGAUACAGCAUAGGAGGGCCGCCAGAAGCGGCAGCGGUGUAGCUCCGCCGAUUUCAGACACAGCCGAGUGUGAAGAUCGGCAGGCAGCAGGUAGAGGUGCAGCAGUAGGCUGUGAAGAGACUGUAAGGAGAGGGACAGGGCGAAGUCAACAGCUGUUUUUCCCAGGAACUCCUUUGCAGAAUAAGUUCUCAGAAGGGAUUGAGAGGAAAGAACAUUGCUCAGACCACGUGGACCUCUCAGUUUUCCAAGAGGAUUCAAGGAGUUCAGAAAAAGACGGCAAAUACGGCUGUAUGGAUAUAAAAUUACAAAUUCCAUCCUCAGAGGAGGAAAUUGAGAGCGCAGAGAGCUAUUGCAUUUCCUGUCUUCCCGAACCAGAAGAGCUGCGACCCAGAGAGGUCACAUGGAGUACUGAAAUGAAAUGCACUGACUCAAUGAUGAUGCAGAAUAGGCAAAUCCCUGAUUUUAGGGAGAAUUUGGGGGGUCAGGAAGCCGUGACUGAAACAAAACAUCAGAAAGUGAUUGAUAUACCAGAGAAGUUGAAUGGGUGUCCUUUAGUUGGAUCAAGACAACAAGGGAGACAGGAGAAAGAAAAGAAAUGCUUGAGCAAGAAAGGCGAGAUAUCAUUGAUGAAACCAAAAGUAUACGGUCCCAGAAAGAAAGGUAAUUCUGUUUUGCUAGAACUUCAUGCACAGUGUCCAGAGUCCAGGAAAGGACCUGUGAAUAUGAGGAAGAGGGGUAGAAAUGCGCUGGUACAGAGCGUAGAUGGACAAGAACAACCACCAACCAGACGAAAGACAUACAAGUGCUGCAUGAAAGAAGAGUGGCAGAGCUCAGUCCCUCAGAAAGGAGCAGACAGCCCAGGGGAAAAUGCAGAGGAACAGCUGAAAACAAUUGAGCAAGAUUCCGGUACUUCACAGGCUGUGAAGAAUGUAAAGACAGAGCAAAAGAGAUCAGAAGAUUCUAAGGAAACAGAAUCUCACUACUCUAAAUCUCCUGUGGUUGCUGCUUUAGGUGGGACUCAAAGCAAGAGCUUUCUAUGCCGUGCUGUAACAAAAAAGUCUGGUGUGCAGUAUAAAGUAAGUCAGCCUAAGAAAAGAAAACGCAGAAAUGGUCAAAUCAAACACUUGCAAAGUUUGACUGCAGCUGAAAAAGUGAACACAUCUGUAAAAUGUGAUGCUGAACAUUGCAGAAAUGCCCUUAAACGUUGUAGUGGCUUGCUCUGUGCAACAGAAAAGAAUCCAUAUGUGAGAUUAGAAGACUGUAGUUACAUCAAUACAUUAGUGAAGCUUUCAACUAGUGGAACUACCAGCAGUUGUAAAUUAAAUAGAUUCUUCCAUGUAGGCCAUGGUACUGUAGAAGUGAGUGAUACAACUUGCAGCAAUAGUAGAAUGCCAAAUGAGAUAUCACCCGUAAAAGGUGGUUUAUCGUCUAAUGAAAUAAAAAAUGAAAAUGGAGAAGGCCGUCUUUCAUGUUGUCUGAGUGAAAGCAAUAAGUGUUUAAGGGAAAAAAAGUGGAAUAUUGGUAGGAAACCUAGAAAAAAGAUGAAAAUCACAGAGAAAUCAGAAGUGCAGAAUACUUUCACGGGCGUGGCUAAUGAAUGCAAUGAGUGUGAGUUACAAGCAGAAGCAGCAGUUGCAAUAUCAAGCUCCUUUGCAGUUUCAGGACUAAAUCAUACUCUGUCAGAUUCACGUGAUCAUGAAUUAAAUCUUCCUAUGGGAAAAAAUAGUCAUGAAGCACAAAAUAUAUCAGCCUGGAGAACGAAGAGUACCAAAGUACCUGCUUUUGAAAAUGCUGUUAAGAAGAGAUCUGAGCUCUCUGUAGUAGCAAAAAGAGAAAAUUCAAGCGUCGUGGCACAUCAGUCAGCUGCCUCAGGUACCCCGAGAGCGCUAGCUCAGGUCCAUGAUACUUGUGACUGUCACAAAAGCAAGACAGGGGGAAAACUGAACAAUGUGAAUAAGGAAUUUCAGCAGUUUACCUGUCAAAGAGCAGUACCCAUGACUGGUAAAAAAGUUUGGCCUGUUGAAUCUUGUGCCAGGACUUCUGAAUGGGUUUAUAAAAAUGAUGGGUCCAUCUCAGAAGGAAAAAGACUUUUCAAAGCUGCCUGUGAGGAUUCCUCUGAUAAAAGCAGUGUUAAAGCUGUAGGAGGUAGUGGUGUGACUGGGAGUUUGAGACAGUUGGAUUUGCCUGUGUCAUCGGCAGAAAUUACAAAAGAAUCUGCACAUAAAAGAAUUGAUCCAAAUACUGAAUGUCAGACUUCACUUGAAACACCAGAAUCCUCUUCUGUAGAUAUUUACAAGACUUCGAGAAUGAGUAAUGAAAAUGGGGAAUCAUCAGUUAAUGGAGAUAGAAGUGGUUUGGCUUUUAACCAUGAUGAUGUGCAAGAAGUUAAAGGAACCUGGAACUUUACAGCCAAACAAAAAGAUAAAAAUGGCAGAGAUGUAACAAAUAGAAACUUGUCUAUGACAGUCAAGAAGGGUAUAACAAAACAAAAAAAUAAAAGUGAAGGAGAUGUAACAACUGAAAACCUGUCUGUGACAGUCCAGAAGGGUACAACAAAACAAAAAGAUAGAAAGGAAGAAGAUGUAACAAAAAGAAACCUGUCUGUGACAGUCCAGAAAGGCACAUCUGCAGGUGACACAAAUAGAAUAAACUUUAGCUCUAAAGUGUCAGUAGUGAACCAGACAUUUUCUGAUUUAAAGCUAAUUAAAGGGUUCAACCCUGAAAACCUGACAAAAUUCAGAAUUCCUUUAUGUAGAAACAAGCCUGAAUCCAGGAAAUUGAAAUCUGUCCAUUCAUUUGAAAGAAAAACCUGUAGUCCACUAGAGCUUGAAAGCACUGGUGUUUCAAGAAGGCAGAAGACAGGUGAAGAGACUGUGCUGGUAAAUUCUGAGCAGCACCCUUUUCCUGUCGUGAGUGAUGCUACAUCUACAGCUUCUGUAAAGAAAACAGCAUGUGAGAUUGACAGUAAGGACUUUCAGCACAAUGGCUCUGAAAACUUCUCAAAUGGGAUAUCUGUGCUCCCUGAAAAUUUUUCUGCAUAUCGGCAUCCUCUUCUUGAUGAACAACCAGAGUCAUCUGUGCCUGAUUUCUCCGGUUCUGAAUGUGUGCUGAAACCUAGUUUUCCUGAUCAUUCUUGGAAUUCAGUUGACCACCCUGUUGGAUUGCAAAUAAAUGAUGAUAGCAAAUCGAAAGAGAUUCUUUCACAACAUAAAAGUCAAAAUUCACCAGAUAUUCUUGAAGCUUACAAGCAAGAUAUUCUUGUCAUUGAUGUGAUUCAGGAUGACCCUGAUCUUUUUGGAACCAGUAAUGAAGAGGAGCUAGCCCUUGCAUGUGAGAAUUGCCCAGUGAAAGUGUCCUCUACUAAUAUCUGCAUUAAAGACACAAAGCCCGAGUCUCCCGUUACCUCAGAAAAGAGACAUUCAGUUGAGAAUAGUUCUGGAUGCAUGCAAGAAUUUGGAAUAUCAAAUGAUAUUGAAAAUUCCUGUGAUUUGGUGCUAAAAGCUGAAGAUAUUAAAACCCACAACUCCUCCAGAGGAAGCAGUCCUUUGGGAGAUGUCACUGAGGACUUUCUUAAAAAUGGGCAACCGAGUGAACUGGAUGAACUUUUGAAGAGUUUUGAUGUGAAUGAAAAGUUCAAGUUUGCAGAUGGAGUGCCUGAUGUUAAACAAGAAAAAAAGAGUGAAGCUGAAAAAAGUGACUGUAAAUACAAAGAUCUUGUGAACUGUGAAUUGCUAUCAGGAUCACCACUGAAUGACCCGAAAGUAAAUAUCUUCAGUGAAGCUACAGUGAUGAAAUCCUGGACAAAUGGUUACAAACCAUCAGGAAAAAGUCCUUUACAGACAUUGAAGAAUUUUGGAGAUUUUGAGCCAUGGAGGAUGGAGAAAAACACAACUGCUUCUCAUUCAGUGCAACAAAUCCUCGAUGCACUUGACUUGCCCCGUAAAUACUGCAGAUACUAUUUCAUGACUUCACGUGGGUGUACAAGAGCAAGAUGUCGGUUCUGCCACGUCCCCGAACAAGGGGAUGAAAAGAUUUGCAUGACAAUUCUUAGGACAUACAUUAAUAUCAGAGAACCAGGCCUCCUAAAACGUGCAGUCCAGAUAUUUGUGCGGUAUUACAGAGGAGUUAUUCCUGGUGUGGAUUUUGCUUCUCAAGUGUUGAAUGAUCUUCUUGUUUCUCUGCUCAAGAACUGUUUGUUGCAGGAGGUAUUUUGGAUAUUGAAUGUAACCGUAGAAAUCAAGACACUGCCAACUACAGGUGUUGUUCUGAAAGUUUUUGAGCAAGUGGCUUCUUUGAAUUUAAGAGAUGCUGUGCCUACAUUAAUCCGUACCUUUUGUAAGCUCGUUGAUGCUGGUAUGUUCCUUGAGUUAGACCAUUUUGACUAUAUUGUUAAGUUACUUCACCAAUUGCAAGUUUCUGGUUGGGAAAUAAGUGUUGUUUUGAACAUAAAAUCCAGAUUUAGAGAAAGACACCAUUUUGAAAAGAACUGGCUUUUUGAUUUCAACUUGGCAGCAGAUGAAAUUCAGCAUUGUAAGGAAAAAAGAGAUUGGACCAAACUGGGAACUUUGUAUCUUAAUGCAAGAACUGGAUGUGAAUGUUUUGAGGAUUUUCAGAAAUUAUUUUUAUCUAUUGCUGAAAUACUAACCAAAGAUUCUGAGUCAGACAGACCAGAAGUUCCUUUCUGUGAUUUUGCUGAUGCAGUAAUGAGAAAUUCACAACCUAAUGAAGCAGACAGACUUUUCAUUGGGAGGACUGGAAUAAGCGUAAUGUAUUCUUAUCACGAAGUACUGCAGUGGACGAAGGGAAGGAAGGUUUUGGAUAAACUGCACGAGCUACAGAUAUGUUUUACGCUCAUGAAAGGACUUAUAGGUGCAGGGAGAUCAGCAUCAAGAUGUCAGAUUGUUAAUAAAGCUGCAGAAAUCUUCCUUAAUUGUGGAAGUUUGGAUGGAGCGACAAGGGUAUUGAGAGAGUCAGAGUGGACCACAAAUGCACCAUUGUGGCCUUGUGAUAAAAUGGACAUCCUCAAUCGACACAAUCUGUUACAUACCCUAGUGCACAAAUACUUGAGUAAGAGUUUGUACAGGCAGGCAUUUGAAGUUCUGCAGAACUUCCCAGGUUUGCAAAAACAUUCUGAUAUUGUUGAUGUUUCUCAGUACAGCUGCCUUUUUAACAAGCUGAUAAAUGCCUGUUUUGAGAACAAGAGCCUUGGGGUCUCAUCUUCUGCAGUAGACUUCAUGCUUUCAAAAAAAAUUGCUAUUGAUUUUAUUUUACUUAGAAGAUUAAUCACAGCUUUGGGAAGAAGUUCUUUGUGGUCUAAAGCUAGGACAUAUUACAAAAAUGCUUUAUCAUUGGGUUGCUACCCACAGCUGCAGGGAAAUUCAUGCCACAAACUUUUGAAGAUUCCAUCUUACCUGUCUGAAGUUGAGAUGCUGUUUGCCAUUGAAAUAUUUCUUGUUUCAAAUGCCAGUUAUAUUCAAAGUCCAAUGACUACUUGUCAAACUUUUCAAAUAAUACUGAAAAGAUGUGAAGAUCAGACAGUUCAGGAUAACAGUGCCUAUCAAGUGGCAGUGGAGAGACUGAUUCUAGCAGCUCGUUUAUCUGAUCCAAAGCUUUUUCUUAAGCAUAUGACAAUGAAUUUUAAUAUGGAAGAAGUUUACAGCCUGGAGCUUUCAUCUGCUCUAAAAUGGCUUCAGGAGAAUAUGAAAUGGGCUGAGGAGAAAUUCCAUGUGCCAAACAAGACAAAACUCCAGUGUGGAAUGGAAACAAGCCUGGAAAGAUGGAAAAAUGUUCUGAAGAGUAAAGUUAAGUACAAUAGAGACAAUGCAGUUUUGCAGAGCCAGCCACCCAGUAUAUUGACAAUAUCCAUAUUUUUGCUUUUUCCCAGAUGUAAGUUAAGCUGAAAGAACUUCUGGUUUUGACUUUAAGCAACUAAUUUGAUAAAGUUUUUCAUACAGGAAAUAAAAUGUAUGUGUACCUUUUUGCAGAGAGAGACAGAAAAAUGUGCAAAUAAAAACUUUCCUAUGUUGUGCUUGGUAGCUUGGUGUCGACAACGCUGCACUCCUUUGGAAUGUUGUUAGAUGCAUGAGAAAUUGCCUCUGUGAAAAUAUUUUUCAGUUUUCACUGAUUACACAGUAUGCUCUUGGAAAGAUUGCUUUUGUUAGGUAUGGACAGUUUCUUGUAACUAAAACAGAAUAAUGGGGUUUGAAAGGCUUACCACAGUUUUAUUUCAAAGCAUUGAUAGUUUUGAGAGUUUCUGAACCCACAUGGGGGACGGAGGUGAAAAGCUGGAAAUAAGAGCUUGACACACUGUGUUUUAUAAAGAGCAAUUGGGGGGGGGUCCCUUUGGAGAAGUUGUUAAGAUGUUAAUAAAUGGUUUUUUAUUCUUUAUAUAAAAUAUUCAAGAUA